GAGAGGUGGCGGUGCCGUUUGACGCGUGAACGCGGAGUGGGAAUAGACGGGGCUCGCGUUCGCGAGCCGAGCCGAGCCAAGCCGAGAGCCGUGUGCGCUGCCGGACCGUAGUAGCGUGGAGCAGCGCGACAUUGGCUUUUAGCGGUGGCGCGGCCCGUGCGUGCCAUAACGGCCACUGCCGGACACGACAGGAUCCAGUAGUACAGUAGUAGUGCGUGUUCGUUUACAAGAUGGCAGACGACGGUCCGUCCGCGGCGGAGGACGCGACCGCGACCGCGGCGGUGGCGGCGACGAGCGAACCGGGGGACGGUGAUUCUCGCGUGACGAGGGAGCGGCACAAACGCGCGGACGCCACCACGCCGAUCGCGACGCCUCCGAUUCCGGGUCAAGACGCUUCGUCCGCGAAGCGCGGCCACGAGGACGCGUUUUCGCGCGAGUCUUCGAUCGACGAUCAUUAUCGUUCGCCCCACGAUCGCCGCGUCCAUCACCGUCAUCAUCAGCAUCAUUCACCUCGUCAUUCUUACCAUCAUCCACCGCCACCGUCUCAUCAUUAUCAUCAUCAUCAUCAUCAUCACCACUUUAAUCCCCAUCGCCAUCACCUUAGCAAUCAUCGCGACAACGAUAGCGAUCGCGUCGGCGGCAACCACGACGGUGGUGGUAGUAGUAGUAGUAGUGGUGGUGACGAUUCGUCGUCGUGCGUCGACGCGACUGGGACAGCCGCGAGUGACGACGAGAAGAGCGGCAGCGGCAGCGGCAGCGGUGGCGUCGGCAUCGGCGUCGGCGUCGACGGCAGUGGCAGCGACGACGGCGGCGGCAGUGGCAGUGUCGGUCUGUAUCGUCGCGACGAUGUUAGGAUCGAGGUAGUCCGUAGCGUCGUGUCCGAGGACGACGACGACGACGAGGACGACGACGGGGACGGCGACGACGACGACGACGAUUAUUACGACGGCAGCGGCGGCGUCGAUAGUGACCGCGACGGUGAUAGUGGUGGCAGGAGAAAUAAUAUUAGUGCUAGUAAAAGUGGUGCUGGUGGUGUCGCGCUAAUCAUGACCGGUGGUAAUAAUAAUAACGCGGCGACCGACUCGUCGUCGUCGUCGCCGCGACGCUCGAGCGCGGACGGCGCGCCGGAAGUGAACGACCGCGAGGAUCGCGACGGCGGCAGGAGGAGAGCGAGCGUCGCCGUAGUCGCAACGACGACGAGGGAGGCGAAGCCGAUGGCGGAACAAGAGACGCGAGCGCUCGGCGAGGACGCCGCCGCGGCUACGAAGACGGACCAGGGCAGCCCGUUCAAGGGACAGGUUAGGAUGGCCGAGGAUACCCUCGUAGGACCCUGCGGCAAGAAGCGGUGCGCCGAUCGAUACGACAGCUCCGAGAGCUCUGACAGUGGCGUCGCAGUAUCUUGCGGAGAAUGCAGCAGCAGCGGCACCAGCGAUAUCACGGAACCGGGCUCGCCGUGCAGCACCAGCAGCGACGAAGGGGUAGCCGCGUUACGCGGCACGUCCGCCAGUCCGUUGCUGCCGACCCUGCCCAAGCUGGCGCCUUCGUCGCAAAUCAACACCAGGCCCCAGUGGCCCUGGACCCCGCCGUUGGCGGCGACCGCCUGCUCAACCACCUCGUACAAGAGGCUGAGGGGCGAGCCCGAGGCUGGCGCCCUUCCGCGCUCCGGUGCCGCCGAUCCCACCUCCAGGGGUGCCGUCAAGACGAACGGAAAGGCCGGCCAGCAUCAUCACGAGUCCCAGGGCAAGAUUACGGAGUACUUUAAGACGCAGAUCAAGCCGCAGCAGCCGAAGGUCAAGAAAACGAGCGAGAUGCUAGUAGCGAAGAGUUCGUCGGAAUUUCGGAGGCCACCUACGGUGCAAAGGAACAAGGGUGGGCUCGCUAAAUAUCUGGGCAAUGCCAUAUCAUCUAAUCGCAACACCUCGACUAACGACUGGGAAACGAGAACGUUAUCGCCAUCGGCGACCGCGAAAAAGCCGCCGCUGGUUGUCGCACCGAGGGCCAAUAGUAAAUUGGACAAAAAACUGCCGAAGACGCUGCCAAGCUUGCCAAUCUCGAACGAUGUACUGAAGAAUCUGUCCAAGAUCUCAUCCCUGAGGUUAACUUCGGAUGCGAGUAUCAACACGGCCAAAUGCAGCUCUCCACCUGCUAUCGCUACCCCGUCGCUACUAGGAGAACCUAUGCCACUGGACUUCAAAGGUUGCAUCCUGUCGAAACCGCACGUAAACGAGAACAACAAUUUGACGAGCAGCUGUAAUGGUAUGUUAGGCACGUUAAGGUCGCAAGGCGGUCGCGAUUCACCUAUUUCGAGGCUAUCCUCACCAACGAAGGAAGACACCAAGGAUAAGGGUGCACAACCAACGCCGGUCGACGAAGAUGACAUAGAUGAGGAAGAUUCCCGAAGCAGCGAAUCGAAACCGUCAUUGUCUCCCAUCCUCUCGGCACCCACUACUAUUCGAUUUCCGGCGCAAGCACCUGAGAAGGAUAGAGCGCAGACUACCGAUAGCGGGAUCUGUCGCUGGGAUAAGUGCGAAGUCAGCUUCGAAUCUGUGGGCGGUCUUCUGGAACAUUUACAGGCUGCGCACAUCAACACGCAAACAGGUGGUGACAAUUUCGUUUGCCAGUGGCAGGGUUGUAAGGUGCAAGGAAGAACCUCCUGUUCUCGCCGAUGGCUAGAAAGACACGUUUUGUCUCACGGUGGCAAUAAACCCUUCCGAUGUAUCGUCGACGGUUGUGGUUGCAGAUUCAGUUCUCAGACCGCACUCGAGAGGCACGUAAAUAGUCACUUUAAUCAACCAGAAACAAGUAGUAGCAACGGAAGACGCAGUUGCGAAAAUGGCGGCAAACUCGUUAGAAGGAAUGGCAAGAAGCUUAGAUAUAGGCGACAACCUUGGUCUGCGAGAUUUUUCGAUUAUUUUGACUCGGGAGUGAUGGAAGGUCUUCAACAUAGACUACAAGAACUAGCAGCAUCGAGAACGCAGGGGCGACUAGCUGAGACGCCAGGAAACUCGAUGGCACUAACUAGUCAAGUUUUAGCGAGGAGAGUUGAGUCGGACGGAAAGACAAAAGUACUGCUGCGAUGGCAUCCCCAAGAUAUAGAACCGGACGAAUGGGUACUAGAAUCCGAAGUACAAAGAACGAAGCAUGUAGAUAUUCGCAAGGUGGCCACCAGUCAUUCGGAAGAGGUGAGUUUGGCUCUCUAUCCAGCGGUAAGUGGUCGCGCGCCACCGACGACGCGAGUGAAGCAACGUCGAAAACCAGUGAAAAAUUCGUGAUAAUGUCGGCCAAUCAACCGGAUACCAGAACUGAUCUAACCUGAGCGCUUACACUUGAACCAGAGAGGAAGAACAGAGUGCUGCUGAUUGACACGAGCAGGACACGAUGUAAACUCUUCCUGGUCGGUGAAGACGAAGGCCGCCGCCAAUGCGACCUGAAAAUACCCGAAUGUAUCGAGAAACGGAGCGCACGUUUAGAAGAUAUCUAAUCUAGGAGAACGACCAAUUCUGCGAAUCCAGAUCGAUUAGAACAUAAGAAGCGAAGAAAGGAGAAAGUCACGUGAAAGAUAAUAAGUUCAGAAUGAAUCGGAUAGCGUACAGUGUAACUAGCGAUAAGAAAAAAGGAGGAUAUAAUACAACUAGAGGAAGGAUAUAAUACAAAAGAGGGAUAUGAUCAUCCGUCCCCUGUUUGAGUCAGACGAGAGCCAUUGCUUUAACGAGGUUGUAACGAGCAUACUCUUCGUCAUCGUUCACACAUUGAAGGAUACAUCUAAUUAAUGCGAUAAAUUCUAUGAUCACAAGUACCUCGCAUAUUUCGAAGUUCGUCGGCCUCGGAAGUGCCAAGUUUGGGCCUCAAAAGUGCCUCAUCGUGGAUACGUUUUGUACCGUUUUCUAUCGCCGAUCAAGAUCCCAAGGAUGUGCGGUAGAAAUGGUAGUAUCGAUAGUCAAAGACAAAAAAGCGAAAAAUGAAGAAAGGAAGCAGUAAAGGAGAAGUUCUUGUAAUUUGGUUUUGCCAAAGGAAACCGAGGGAGUGCACAGACAAAAUGUUUAAGCGGUAGUUACAAUUUAUAAGGAGAUAAUCACUCUGGUGGCCUUAGGAUUCAAUUAAUAUCUAACAUUGGCCCCUUGGUAUUUCCGAGAACUGAUAGUACCUUUACGAUGCCUCGAGAAAAAAAAGAAGCUACUUCUACUUCGAUUUACAACUCGGUAGAAACUCGCGUCGGCUGUCGUCGUACAAUGAUAUGAAGAAGGACACGAGAGGAAGAUACGAAGAAGAGGAUCGUGGACAACGUGAAGCUUGUGACACAGAAGAUUGUAUCGAGGAAUGAGAAAAAAUCGCGGAGGAGGCUUAGGCUGUUAGAUGAGAAUGCGAUAGUAUGAAUGAACAAAUGAGAGAAUGAAAGAGAGAAAGAGAGAGAGAGACUGAAUGAUAUUGCUUCGAACCCGCCGUUUUUUCCCUGAAUGGGGCUGACAGUCUUCAAGCUUGAAAGCUCGGCAUGAAGUUGAAAGAUUGCGGAAUAAUCGGACGACACUUACGCCACCGAGAUUUUUCUCGAGAAUUACUCUUCUUCCUAGAAACGGGACGCGAUGUACAAAACUAAAAAAUUUAGGAAAAGAGAUAGUUAUUUCUCAGGGUUUUGAGGCAAGCGAAUUCUCGUAAAGAGGAUGUCGAGCUUGCCUCGUUUCUGCACCCGAGACGUGUUCGAUUUUUCAUGUACUACAUCGUCGCGUUAUUUUUAUCUUUCUGCUGAGUCUCGCGCGGCAUGUUGACAUACGCUCGUCGCGACUCAAAAGUUUAUUCUCGCGAGAUUUUUAUCAAUCUACUGCCAAUCUAAUGAAGAGAGACGAAAGUAGCUAAACAUGCAGCGCGAUCGCAAUUGAGCUGUUAUCCUCAAAAGGGUAAAUUACGAAGGCUGUGUUACAUUUCCCAUGGAGCUGUUAAAGAAAGAAUGCGGAAGGGAACAUGAACAAAGAAUGCGACUUGCAUCGUGUUCGCGAUUCGCGUAGUAAGCCGUUGCAAUUGCGAGAACGAAGCAAUUCUUUUCGUGACUGCAACUGUUUCUCGCAGCAUCGUGAAGCGAAGCAACAUCCGCGCGCGAAUAUGUAGCGAAUGUGUAGCGAAUAAAGAUUGAUGUAAAUUAGGCUCGUUAAAUUAAGGAGACGGAUAUGUAUCGUGUCGUGUGUGUGUUGAAUGAGAGUGAAAGAUUGAUACAAAAACAUGGAUAGAACGAAAGAGACGAAAUAUAUGAGUGAGAAUAAUCGAGCGACUGUGAGAAAUGGAGACCGUAUGAGGCACACACAGACAGACGGUACGUCAUUACAUACACACCAGCUAAGAAACACUGCCAAUACGAUUGUAAUUAAGAGCUCUACGGUAAUUAAUCGAUUAUAUAAUUAUUCUUACUAUUAUUAAAAAAAGGUAUGAUUGUAUAAGUGUAUAACCGAAUAGAUCUCUAGCUGACGCGCGUGGGUGGACAAUGCAUCGUAAGAGAUAGCUGUUUCGAGAACAGCAUCGUUGUUGCAUUCACUCCGCGAGGCACGUGUUUUAAUGGAUUUACAAUUAAUUUUUCCGAGCUGCGCGUCGCGAAUGCGCGUGUUGUAAAUGUAAAUACUUAGUUGAAAUUAUCGUAAUGAAACGGUAUAUUACACUGUGCGAAUCCUGUACUCGCAAGUCACGCGGCUCGUCGUACUUGGCGAGUACUGGACAAUUAUUUAAAGAGAAAAGAAAACGGUAUAAUCUCUCUAUAUCCGCUGAUCUUCGGCUGAUCUUCGGCUAAUCUUCCCGCGAGGACGACAUCGAGGAUCGCUCCUUCCUUUUUGAGGGAAUCGAAAGAUCGACACCGGAAAAUGCAAAAGAAAAAACGCGUCACUGCCAAAAUUCACGCACUGCCAGCUCCGUCGUUCUUAACGACGCGCUUCUACUAACGUAGAAUCUCUCUCUGUCGCACGUUCGUUGCGUCGUGCUUCUAACAAACUCAUUCAUCGCGGUCCUUUUCUCUUAUAUAUACUUACACACCCACGGCCUAGUCGCUAGCCACUGUUCAUUUUCCAGAUUUAUAUCCUUCGGGCAUAUAUCAUCGUUUUUAAAAAAAAAAUUCACCAUAUAAUAAUUUAGUAGAUAGAGUAAUUUUGAAAAAUCUAAUUCAAACAAAAAAUUAUUUUUCUCAUCUAUAUAUUAUGUAUUCGUUAAUUCGUAUAUAUUUAGAAAGAUUAAUAAUUCAUAUCCUAAAUCUGCGCUUCGUUCUAAUUCGAUUCAUUCAUUUUUAUAAUUUUAGAAAAUUUAAUAUUCUUUGACAGAUUUCUUUUAAAUUUUCUCUUUAAGACCAGCGGUAAUCCCCGAGAGCUCACGUAUCGCAUAACUGCCAAAUUUUUUCGAGCACUGCCAGCGGGACAUAUAGAACAGGACAAGAGACAAAUAUACAUACGAGUUCUACUCGCAUUUUUAAACCGAUCCGAUUUUUUUCCGAGACAAUGCCAUAUGAGGUCUCGUGAGAAAUAAUCAUGCAUUUUAUGUGAUUGACAUUUUCGGGCUGAGACACGAUGAGAUAUAAAAAUAAGAUUUGAGAAGCAAAAUUAAAUAUAAUAGUAUUGAUGCAUCUUAAAACAUGAGAUACGAUGUAAAUGACAGAACAGGCCAAAGAAAUUUCUUAAAUCUCCGAAUAAUAUUUGAAGCAUUUAAAGGAUGCUUUGUAUCUCGAUGUACUUUAUCUACAUCAUAUCUAUGUGUUUGAGAAUUAAUUGCAUUCUUAUAUUUACAUCUUGCUUCUUGUAUCUUUGUCUUAUAUUUUCUCGUAUCUGAUUCAAUCAUGUUCAUCGCCUAUUUUUAUUCUUUCGUGGCGCGAUCAUUGUCCCGAUCGUUAUUUCUGUUCUCUCACCUUGUCAAUUUUUUGUUACAAGUUUUCUCUGCUCGUGUAAAACGAAUUGUCGCUAUCAGUCGAAAUUAAUAUCGAUCGAAUAAGGGACCAAUUUUUUACGCAAGUGGAAACUUGUCCGCCACUUUUUAGACAUGUGCUAUUUUCUAUCGAUAUAGAAAGAAUCUUUUUUUUUUCUUUAAAGACAUAUUUAAGAUUAUAAUUGAAAAAUACAAAUUAUAUCGAUCGUGCAUGUUUCAAAACUCUUUUUUAGUUUAUACGCGCGAGUUUUUAGAUGUAGUUUAUUAAAGAGAGAAAAAGAACUGAGCAGGGAGGUUCCAUUAGUUAUUAAGGUGCAUUUUUUUUUAAUUUUUUGGUAAUAUUCCUUAUAAGCGUAAAGGUGAGAUGACAGAAAGGAGCUUUCGGCUACUCGAUCGUGCUUGAUCUCACGAAAUGGAAGAAUCGCAACAAAUCGUAAAGAGAGAGAGAGAGAGACAUUUCCUUCCAAUUAUGAUUAAUUAUUUUUCGCAAUAUAUAAAAUUAACUUUGAGCGAAUCGGCAAUACAAAAGUCACAGAAAGGUACAAAAAACAUGGGAUUAAGUUUCACGAUUCAUUUUUCGACGAGCUUCGGUAGGAUCUUAUAUAACUUUAUUCGAGAGUUGCGAAUAAAUACGUUUGUAUAGGUCGCUUGCAUUGUAUAAUUAUACGAUUGGCGAAUCUAAUUCCGACAUUUUAAGUAUUGUAUGUUAUUGUAUUUUUCAUUUGUAAUUAAUCGUAAUUAAGAUUUAUACGCGUUGUUUCAUUGCCAAGAAAAACGAACCGACUGCAUUUAAUUGAAAGAUUUUUUUAAUGCUUCAACACACAUGGCGGUCUCGUUCGUCGCGAUUUUGGCGCGCUUGAAAGUCUGCAGCGAACAAAUUACUUUCUAUGUAAACAUGUGAAAAAUAUUCAAAGAAAAUAUAUGUGUGUGGCUCAGUCAUACACGCGUAAAUGUAACGUCUCGUGUAUUUAUCAUCAUUUCACAUCGGCCUGCUGAUAAUUCUAAAUUAUCGAUAUAGAUCCUUUUUAAAUAAUAAGAAUAAUAAUAAUAAUAAUGUGAAAAAGAGACGGAAGGCUGAAAACGAAAUAAGGGAGGGAAGUAAUAAAAGCAACAUAUAAACGAUUUGUAUACAUUUUUCUAGUGCACAAAGUCUGACUCGAAACGGAAAUCGUCUCGUUUCUAUGAUUUCUGGUUCUGUUUUUUAUAUGUAUGCUCGUGCGUUUUUUUAUAGAAUUAAAUCUUAAUCCACGCAAUGCACUAAAUAAUAUGGACGUACGUUUAGAAACGCUAUAAAGUGUUCGGUAAGAUAUAAUUAAGUUUGUAUUAGCGUUAUAUACAUAUAAAGGAGAAUGAAAGAAAAUAUAGCGAAGCGAAAUACGUGGACACCCAUUCCUUUUUUUUCUUAUCGCGAUUUUGAAAAGAACUUUACUGAACACACAUACAUGUAUACAUGCACACGCUAAAUAUAUGUACGCCGAUAGACUUACAUCUUUUUGACGGUGCGUGAGAGAACAUGAGAGAGAGAGAGAGAGAGAGAGAGAGAGAAAAAGAAAAAUCAUUAGCCGUAAUUAACAAAGAAGUGAUGAGAGCGCUAGAGAGGAAGAGAAAGAGAAAGAAUGAUGUGAAUAUAUAUGUGUAAGAAAGAAUGCAAGAGAGACAGGGAGAGAUACGGGCAACGUAUUUUUGCAAAAAUUAGAAGAAAACGCGCAGAGACGAUUGAAAUAUGAAAAAAAAUUCACCUGUGAGAUUCUCCUUAAUCCACUUGAUCGCAAUUUCACUCUACAUUUCACCAAUAUAAUCAGAUUAGCGUCAUAUACAGAAAGUAUCUUUUUCACAAAGAAGUAUAUCUCAUGUCUUUUUCUCCAAUAGAUUCACACGAAAACUUAUAAUAGGUAAUCAUACAAGUAUCUCGCCAAAAACGGCAAAAAUAAAAAUUGAAACGUUUCAACGACAUUGAUUGUAUCUCGUUUCACAUAAUAAAUUCAAAUUUCGUUUAUAUAUUUGUGGUAAGAGAUUUAAAAAAAAUACAAAAGACUUCGAUUACACAAAGAUAUUCGUAAAUGCAUUGCACAAUUAAUCAAUAAUACUCACAUAAGAGCGAGUGGAAGGUCUGCAUACAUUUUCGCGUGGAAUUUCGAAGCAUCAUAGGUCGAGAGAAAGAGAGAGAACGGAUUUCUACAAACAUACACAUAUGCAAAUUUGAGGAUCUCACACGGCGUUGAUGAACGAAAGAACGAAUAAGAUUUACACUUUACAAACGUGCGAAGGCUCGGUCUCGGAACGACUUGCCAGUUUCGUCGAUCCCGAACGUCGGCUUCGAGGAUGUAGUUUGUCGAUUGAAGUUACAAGGCUUGUAAAUGUAUAAACAGAAAAGAAUCAGUUAAAUGGAAACGGUCGCGUCGGAUAUUAUUUUGAGCGAACCCAGCGAAAAUAUAAUUUUCCACGGGUUUCUCUCUCCAGCCGAGUCUCCGAAUUGUCUCGGAAUUGUAAAUAAUUGAAUGUAACGCGACAUACAAAGACUCCCCGAGAUAUGUGCAUAAGUAUAGCUUAUUACAGAUAUAGUGUUUGCAUUUAUUAUAAAUUCUAUGUAAAAGCGUGACGCGAGAAAGAGAGGGAGUCGAGCGAUCGCGACGAGGGCCGCUUGUAAAAUUCUCUUCACGAAAUAUCGUGAUUUUGUUUAUAUUAUCAGUAUUAUCAAUGUCUUUCUACUCGUUAGUAAUUCCCAAAAAAUUUUCAUAAACUUUCGCCGCACAUUUUAAUUAUCAUUAUUCAAAGUGCAUCAAUUUUGUUUAAUUAUACAUAUUUAUGUUUCUUUUUUUUAUUUUCUUUUGAUAGCGUAUAACGAAAGCUACUAAAGAUAAUACCUAAUAUCUAAUAUGGGAUAAGCAUUCUCAUUGUGCUUAUUACGAUAUACCGAACUCUUUUUUUUAAUUAAUUAAUAUAAUUAAGGCCUCGCGAGAUCGCUUCGGUUAGAAAAGUGCUUGUACAUGUAUAAAAGUAGAAAAAUAUAUUGCAUAGUUUAAACUAAUAUGGUUUAUAGCGUGUAGGAAAAGGGAAAAAGUGUGUGUAUGAGAGAGUGAGAGAGAAAGAGAGAGAGAGAGAGAGAGAGAGAAACUCGACGAGUACGCGCGGGACGAAAAGCUGGUGAGUCGACUCUUGUCGAUCUAAUUUCCAAUUUCAAUUAUCUCGAGAGCCCUAUAGAUUCUUGAAGUCUUGAGAAGAGGGAUGCGAUUUUUUUCUCUCGCUACGUGGACGAAGCGACGAGAAUCGACCGUAAAAUAAUCGUGUGAAAUAUUCUCAUUGUCAGUCUGGAAUCUGCCCCCGGAAACGGAUCUCGUAUGAUUUCUCUCGCCGCCUCGUCGAAAUCGAUACACAGGCUUGAUAUGCUUUUCUCAUAUCGUGACAAGACUCGACAUCGCGUAGCGAAGAGAAAAACGUGAUAAUUAGCACGGUUGUUUCGCACUGCCAAAUAAUAAUAAAAGAAAAGACAACCACAAGCGUUCAUUGUGUGGAUCGACCGAUCGUUGAAAGCACCGCCGGUGUUCAUUAUAAUCCACAUAGUGGUUCUACGAGAAAAAGAAAGAAGAUAAAGCCGAGUAAUAGAGCUAAUAAUAAGAGAGAGAGAGAGAGAGAGAGCGCGGGAGCGGAAAUUUUUUUCGAAGCCCGAGUGAAAAUGAGAGGUGAACGAGAGAGGAAUAUCUGAGCGUCGAACAGUGCUUUGUCUUUUUGGAUACUUUCAUGUACACAAACACGAAUGACGGUUUAUAGCUCAAGAACAGAACAUUAAAGAGAUAGAUAUUGUAAGAAAA